ACUCCAUAUAGUUGGGACCUGCCAAUAAUAAUCCAUAGUUGGGCCCUUUUAAAGAUGAACGUCUAUAGUUGGGACUGCCUUUGUCAAUUAUUCCUAUAUAUAAUCAAAAACUUUACCCAGAUGAAGGAACUGAAAAAAGGCACAAAUUGCAUUACAUAUUUUGGAGGGAAAGAAAUAUUUUUGAAGAACACAAACACAAUAAAAAUGGGAAAAUGCAAAAUAAAAGAAAAAGUGGUCCACCUAAACAAUGUAUUAAUGCAAAAGUGCCCAAAAAACUGUCUCAAUAAAUGAUUUAAUUAACUCAAAUUAAAUACUCCAAGAACAACAAACAACCCCCAAACUUCUUCUUCAUCAUCAUCUCUCAUUUUCUCUCUCCUCUCUGCUUGUUCAACGCCCUUUAAUGAUUCCCACGUCCUCCAUUUUAACCCAUUCCUUCAAUCCAACUCACCUUUUACAUCCCUUUCCAAAAUCAUAUUAAAAAAAAAUUGAUCUUUGAAAAAUUCUGCUUUUUGAUUUUUUUUUGAAUUUUUCAGAGAAUAUUUUGGAUACCCGUUUGAUUAAUUGACACAAAUGACAGAAGUACUGCAUUCUCCAUCCCAUUUCUCAUCAUCUCCAGGAAGUACCCCUUCCGAUACUUUGUUUUGCAACCAAACACAGCCUUAUAGUCAAAACCCUAAUUCGAAUUCUGUAGAUAGAAGAACAGCUAGUGGGGUUGAAUGUGAUUGUGAUUCAAAUUCAAGUUUUGGAGAGAGAAGUGAAAGUUUGAAGAGGAGAGAGAAAGAAAGGGAAGAGCUUUCCUUCCUGGCUCUUCUUGUGGCCUUGUUUAGGAAAUCAUUGAUCAGUUGCACAACUGAUAGGGAAGAUCAUAUUUCUUCCGGUAUGGAUAUUGGUUGGCCUACCAAUGUCCGACACGUGGCUCAUGUCACAUUUGAUAGGUUUAAUGGUUUCUUAGGUUUGCCUGUUGAGUUUGAACCUGAGGUUCCUAGAAGAGCUCCUAGUGCAAGUACAUCUGUUUUUGGUGUUUCCACGGAAUCCAUGCAGCUCUCAUAUGACUCUAGAGGCAACUGUGUGCCAACAAUACUUAUAUUGAUGCAAAGGCGUCUUUGUGAUCAAGGAGGCUUGCAGGAGGAGGGAAUCUUUAGAAUUACUGCAGAUAACAGUCAGGAGGAAUUUGUUAGGGACCAAUUAAAUGGGGGUAUUAUACCAGAUAACAUAGAUGUUCAUUGUCUAGCUGGCCUUAUCAAGGCGUGGUUUAGAGAACUCCCAACUGGGGUUUUGGAUCCCUUGGAACCUGAUGAUGUGAUGCAGUGCCAGGCUGAAGAAGAUUGUGUUGAGCUUGUGAGGCUGCUUCCUCCAACUGAGAGUUCUCUGCUUGAUUGGGCCAUCAACUUGAUGGCUGAUGUUGUUCAAGAAGAACAGUACAAUAAGAUGAAUGCUCACAACAUUGCUAUGGUGUUUGCUCCAAAUAUGACACAGAUGGCAGAUCCUUUGACUGCAUUGAUGUACGCUGUCCAAGUGAUGAACUUCCUGAAAACCCUUAUUACAAAAAAACUGCAAGACAGAGAAGAUGCAGGAAUGGACCCUCCUUUUGCUUCCUGUGCAGGACCUUCUGACGGGAGCGGACAUCAAAGCCCGUCAGAGCCUUGUUUGGGAGAUUAUCUUGGUGAAGAGUCUGAGGGAUCAGAGGCCGAACACUAUUCAUCUGAUGAUGAACCCGUUUUUGAUAGUCCCCAUGAUACUAAGCAGUCUGAAGAUGGAGAUGAGUCUGAUGAUUCUCCGUUUCAUUGGCAGUCUUUUAAGGGAUUACAAGCGAGUCUAAAGAUCCGUACAGGACCUCUGUUUCAAUCAAAUACCUCCAUUGUCAGGAAGGACCCCGUGAGUUUAAACGGACGGCCACCUGUGCGACCAAUAGUAGAGAAACCGAAGACUAUGAGCAACCUGAGUUGUGUGAGUUCAAGGAUAGAGCGUAUUGAAGCAUGGCGGUAAUAACAGCGGGCUGCUUAGACUGCUUGUCUAAGCAUCAUUUGGCCUUUGAUUCAAAAUUGUACUCGUAAAUCCUAGUGCACAUGCAUGUUAUGGACAAGGUAUUGAGACAAAACUCAAGACUCUUAAUUGCUUUCAAUUUCUUUUACCUUUCUCUAUUUUUUCACCCAGUUUCGUUGUUGGGUGUUUUGGCUUGUUUUCUGAUAUCUUGUGACAUAAGCAUGGAUAAUUAACAGAACUCUCUGGUGUCCGUAGACUAGUGCUAGUCACUGUACUGUAUCCGUAAGAGAAAUGGCAGUUUGUAUAUCUGAUUAUUGGACUAGUAGUUUCUCUCUUCA